AUGCCAGUGGCCCUGCUGCAAGAUUGGUGCCGUGGGGAGCAUCUGGCCCUCCAGCGGGCCAUGCUGGUCCUGGGGAUCCCCGAGGACUGUGGCCAGGAGGAGCUGCAAGAGACGCUGCAGGCAGCACUCAGGCCCCUGGGCAAGUACCGCGUCGUCGGCCGUAUGUUUCGCAGGGAAGAGAAUGCGCAGGCGUUCCUCCUGGAGCUGGAGCGAGACAUCAACUAUGUGCUGGCCCCCAGGGAGAUCCCGGCCAGGGGGGGUGCCUGGGAAGUGAUCGUCAAGCCCCGCAACACAGACAGUGAAUUUUUCAGCCGGCUGAAGUGCUUCCUGGAAGAGGAGAGGCGCUCGGUGGCCGACAUGAACCGGGUGCUGGGAUCCCACCCCACGUGCCCGGCCACAGGCCUUCCCGUCUCCUCUGCCUUCUGGGCCUGGGCCCAGACCCUGGGGGCUGUGGUCCAGCCUUUGCUGGAGCAGAUGCUGUACCGGGAGCUCCGAGUGUUCUCUGGGCACAUGAUGUCCAUGCCCGGGGCACUGGCCUUUGAAGUCUGGCUGGAGCACACCACCCACGUGCUCCAGAUGUGGCAGGUGCCUGAGGAGGAGAAGAGGCAAAGGCUGAUGGAGUGCCUGCGGGGCCCCGCCCUGCAGGUGGUCAGCAGUCUGCGAGCCAACAACCCAGCUGUCUCCGUGGCUGAGUGCCUGCAGGCGCUGCAGCGGGUGUUCGGGCCCUUGGAGAGCCGCAGAGUCACCCAGGUGAAGUUUCACAAGGCCCGCCAGGAGCUCGGUGAGAAGGUGUCCAGCUUUGUGGUUCGUUUGGAGCCCCUGCUUCAAAAAGCUGUGGAGAAAAAUGCCGUAUCCAGAAAGAAUGUCAACCAGGCCCGCCUGAAUCAGGUCCUGGAUGGCGCCACUCUCCCAGACAAGCUCCGAGAGCGCCUGAGGCUGAUGAAGCAGCGCAGGAGGGCUCCUGGGUUUUUGGCCCUGGUCCAGCUCCUGCGGGAGGAGGAGGAAUGGGAGGCUGCCAUGGGGCAUGAGAGACAUGAGGAGCUGGUCCGCCUUAGGGACAUCUCGCAGGGGAGGCCCACCCCAAUUUCCCAACACCACGGAGGUAGAGGGGGAGGCCGACGCCAGCGGCGGCGCCGGGGUGGGCCAGUGUGUGCUGACUCUCUAGGCCCAGAGGAGCAGAGACGGCACACAUUCUGCUACGGCUGUGGGGAAGACGGCCACCUCAGGGCCCAGUGUACCAAUCCCCAGAACCUUGCCCUGGUCAAGCAGAAGAGAGAGGCCACCUUGGAGUUGGGAAACGGGUACUGGGCUUGGGACCAGGGCCAUCCCAAGCCCAAACCCAAGUAGGCUCUGGAGAUUGCAGUGAUCCUCCCCACCACAGGCUGAGGAGACAAAGGAGACACCGAAAAGAGGGGGAAAGGGAGCCCAGGCAGAAAACACAGGGUGACAGCAGGGCUGGGGGCCAGGUCCCUGGCCCAGUGUCAAUUGGAAGAGACUUCCUUGAGCAGACCAGAGUCAGGGCACAGCAAAGGAGGAGGGGCCAGGGUGCAGCUGAGGGCUCAGGACUAAGACUGGGCCCUUUCUCAAGGCCAUCCUUUAAUGCCCACCCCAAGGAAACUGAGGUGCAGGGGACCAGUGGCCCCCAGCCCACGGAAGAGCAGGAGAAGUCUUCCUCGGGGCCACCCCAUUCUGGGGUGGGGCCACCAGGAGCCAGGGCCAGGGAGGGCGAUCAGUGCAGCCUGGAGGGAAGCCCCCAGAGGGGGGGUCCCAGAGUCAAGCCUGUCUUCAGGAUGAUCUGCACUGCCCUGGGGGAGUCCCAGGAGGGUAGUGCGCAGGACGCCCUGCACCCUGAUGGCAACCGACACCUGGCCAGCAGCCAGGGAAGACAAAGCAAGGAGCACAACUAUUGCAGAGGCCAGAGCCAGGCUUUGCCACACCUGAGCUCUGGUGGUCCCCAGGCUGGUGACCCUGAGUUGGCUUCUGGCCCUGGGAGCUCUGGGCAGGAGAUGGAGGGAGAAGUUGGCCUUUGUUUCCUUGUUUCUGUCUGUGCAGGGCUACUGGAGGUGGGAGCGAAAGGUGAGAACCUGUGACUUGCCUGUCCAACCCACCAUCCUUCCUACCUAACCCUCACCUGAGGUCACUGUCUGAGGCUGGGCAGCUGGUGGAAGAAGGUAGUCAUCUCCAGGAGGGAAGCACUAGGGUCUCCCAAGUGGGGGGACUCCUUUCAUCAUCCCUUGGCUGCCCAUGAUUCUUUUUAUUUUUUUUCAUGGUCUUUCUUUUUCUUUAACAUUUUAUUAGGGGCUCAUACAAC